AUGGCCCUCCCACUACCACCUGGCCUUGUGCCAACAGAAGUAGCUUUCCUCUGCGAAAUGGAAAUGGUUACGGUUGUUCCUCGUCAAAGACUUGAGUCAAUUCCGUUACUUAGUGGCAAAACUCCAGCUUUACGUCCACCACAUCGUGCUCAGAUUCCUCUAUGGCUUGCGAUUUUACUUAAGAAGCAACGGCGUGCGAAUAUCGUCGCACCACCUUGGCUAUAUCCAGAUUCGCUUAAGGAUAUCAUCCAUUACGAAACCAACAUAGACCCCGUAGCAUUCUCCCCACCUCCACCACCGCCUAUGAGGUCCGAUGGCAGAGGCGGCGCGAGGCCAUACGCACAAUCUUCGUUUGAGUUGAAGCCGGGGGACAUGUUACUGUCGCCGCCCUUUCUCCCCUCGUGUACGCAGGAGGCCCCUUCAGGCUACCUACCCUACCACUGGCUGGAGCUUUCAGAGACGCUACUUGCGCACGCCGCUGACGAUAUACCUAACGCUGCCGAGGUCCGGACGUUACUGCGGGAUCUACAAGAGGUGCGUGCGGCGAAAAUGCGCAGUAGUACCGUACAUCUAGAAGGCGGCGGUGUACUCAAGUUGCGAGGUGUCGGAGCUAUGGAACUAGCUGAAAGCAGGGGCUUUGUGUUAGGCGUCGUCGAAGGUGUGAGGAAGCUAGGCGCGAGUGCCGAGGCGAGUAGGAGGGAAGAGGAAGAAGAAAGGGCUAAUGGCGAAGGAGCCGAGGAUAGCGACGAGGAGAUGGGCCUCUAG